AUGCGAAAAAAGGAGCUUAAGAAGAAAUCAAAAUCAAAAAUAUUGCACUUGGCUCCAAAGAAUGAAUCUCCAGCAAACGAAGAUAUGGGUUACAAUCAAAUUUCUAGUUCUCAAAUUUCAGAGGGACCUCGAUUGGAUAAUAAAACUACAAUAAUUAAUGAACCAUUGGAUCUUUUGCUAGAUAAAGAUGAGCCAAAGUAUGAAGAGAAAAAGUCUUUUGAAUGAAAAAAUUGUGAAAGUGAUCUAUUAUCUGGGAAUACAGAGGAUUCUACAGAGGAUGCUAGUGUAGAAGAAUUUGAAUGUAAAAGUCAAGAUGAAAACAUUCCUAAAAGCGAAUUAAAUAACUCCGACCCUUCUGAUAUGAUUUUUUUUUUAAAAUAUAAACGAUAG